AGAAUUUUGAUUAUUUUGUUUUGAUUUGGUUUUUAAGGUUGUUUUGUGCGCCUUUCACAACAUGUCUUCCUGGAGUGACUAUAUUCCUCAAGUAUUAAAGUUUGAGAAAAAGUUGGGUGAAGACAAGAAAGCUGUCACAGUAAUAAAUGAAUACAACAAAAUGUAUUCUCAUGGUUCGGAGUCGGAACAAGACAGAGCUUUGUGGGAGUCCGAAAAGGGCAAAGACGCGGUUUCCGACUUUUACAACUUAGUUUCUGAUUUUUAUGAGUGGGGUUGGGCACAAAGUUUCCAUUUUGCUGUCAUUCAGAAAGGAGAACCUUUUGAAGCCUCGUUACAACGCUAUGAAUAUAUGUUACCCUAUAGAAUUGGAGUGGAACGUGGCCAACAUUUGGUUGACUUGGGUUGUGGAAUUGGUGGUCCGUUACGGAAUAUCGCUCGUUUCGCCCGUUGCAAAGUGACUGGUGUGACCAUCAGCAAAUAUCAAGUAGAACGAGGUAAUGAGUUGAACACACAAUUAAAUUUAGAAGAUAGUUGCAACAUUGUUCACGGAGACUUUCUUAAUCUUCCUUUUGAAGACGAGACCUUUGAUGGAGCUUAUACUAUUGAAGCAACUUGUCAUACAAUGGAAAAGACAAAGGUGUACUCCGAGGCGUACAGAGUCAUAAAACCUGGUUGUUGCUUUGCUGGGUAUGAAUGGUGUGUAACAGACAAAUAUGAUCCUCAAAACAAAGAACAUCGCGAAGCAAAGUUUGCUGUAGAAGUCGGAAAUGGUCUUCCUGACACGGCUACUUUCGACCAGGUUGUCGGAAGUUUAAAAGAAGCGGGCUUCGAAGUUCUUGAAUAUUACGAUGCGUCUAAAUAUUCUGAGCUUCCUUGGUAUUAUCCUCUAAAGGCAGGUUUUUCCGUGAAAGGUUUUCGUCAUACUCGAGUAGGACAUUAUUUCACACAUAUAACAGUCACCACCCUUGAGAAAUUAGGCAUAGUUCCAAAAGGUUCGGCUGAAGUUAGCAGAAUGUUGAUAAAAGCUGCCCAGGAUUUGGUUCAUGCUGGCGAACUUGGUAUUUAUAUUCCAAUGUUUUUCUUCUUAGCUAGAAAACCGGAGAAACCCUCAGCUCAAAACUGAGUUUCUAUUGCCUGACGAUUGGUCCAGUUUUUCGUAUGUCAUUCGUUUGGCAAUCUUUGGUUUUCUAUCUGCGCGUAUUUUUGUGUUG